AUGGUCACUAUUAAUAUUGUUGACAAGGACCAGGUGGUGGAGACAGCAAAAGGACUGGACCUUCACGGAGAGAACCCAGGAAGUCCUGGGGAGAAGGGAGCUCCAGGUACCUAAUGGCCACCUGGACCACCAGGCAGGGACAUCAGCAAGCCUGCUACAGUGGCAGGAGGAUCUGAGAGGGCUGCUGGGUCCCUUACUUGUUCCAGAAUCUGGGUGGAGGAUCUGGGAAAUAGCUUGGGGCCUUUCUCAAUCUAUGUCCCUUUUUCCAGUUCCAAGAGCUGCCAGGAACUGCUGAGUUCUGGUCUCAUCUUGAGUGGAUGGUACCAUUUGUGUCUACCAGAGGGCAAAGCUCUCCCAGUCUUCUGAGACCUGGACACUUCGGAGAGUCUAGGGAGACAGAAGUCUGAGUUCUGGCUGGAGAAUGAGAAUUUACACUAGCUGACUCUGGAGAGGGACUCUCUGAGCUUCCACAAUGGGAAGCCUUCUGCCACCUAUGAAGCAGACCAUGAUUCAAGUUAGGGCAACUGGGCGGUGACUGUCCCUGGAGCCUGGUGGUAUAGAUCCUGCUAUGGACACUAAGCUGCAUCUAUGGAUACUGCCUGUAAACACAGCAUCAAUGACUGGGCCUCAGGCAAAGGCAUGGGCCAGCCCUCCUGCAGGGUUUACAUGAUGCUUGCUAGAGUUCUCCAAUUGCCUUUUUCUUACUAG